AUGGCCACAACAGCCGAAAAGAUCCCGUGGAUCGAAACACCAUUGAUCAAGUCACAACGACUUUCCGAAAUAGCAGAAUGGUUCAUCCCCCAACCAAUUACCCCAACAUCCCCCUCCCAAGUACAAGCUCACAAAGUCUCCAGCAACAUCUUCCUCAAACUCGAAAACCUCCAACCCUCCGGGUCCUUCAAAUCCCGCGGCAUCGGCAACUUCAUGCUCGCCGCCCUACAUCGCCACCAAGAUCCCGUCCACUUCUACUGCUCCUCCGGCGGCAAUGCGGGCCUAGCGUGCGUCCACGCCGCCGUCACUCUCAAAUGCCCUGCGACCAUUGUCGUCCCUUUGAGCACGUCGGCGUUUAUGGUGGAGAAGCUGCGGGCAGCUGGGGCGGAGGAUGUCGUGCAGACGGGGGAGUCGUGGGCGGAGGCGGAUCGGCAUUUGAGGGAGGUAUUGAUGGCGGAGGCGGGGGAGGGGGCGGUGUAUGUGCCGCCGUUUGAUGCGGAGGAGAUUUGGGAGGGGAAUGCGACGAUGGUGGGGGAGAUUUUGGAGCAGUUGGAAGGUGUUGGGAGGCAUUAUCCACUCACACGAGAUGAAGCUGGAAACGGAGUGAACGGUGCCGAGAAUAAUCCAGGAAGCUUACCUGACGCCAUAAUCUGCAGCGUAGGAGGUGGUGGCCUAAUGAACGGCAUCUGCCAGGGAAUCGACUCAGCCGGCCUCUCCUCGCGGACCAAAGUCAUCGCCAUGGAGACAUUCGGCGCCGACUCGCUCAAUCAAGCCAUCAAGAAGAAGGAACUCGUCACCCUCCCCGGCAUCACGAGUAUCGCCACCAGUCUCGGAGCGCGGACAUACGGCCUGCGAGAUAUGGUGGUGUCGAGCGUAGCGUCAGACACAGCAGCAGUGGAAGCGUGCCGGAGGAUAGCAGAGGAGCAGAGGUUGUUGGUUGAGGUUGCUUGUGGUGUCUGUUUGACGCCGAUCUAUGAUGGUAGCUUAGCUACGCUGUUACCCAAUCUCCAACCCGCAUUUAACGUCGUCGUUGUGGUGUGCGGCGGGAGCAACAUCUCUUUGGAGAUUCUAGCGGAGUAUGUAAAGAAAUUCCCAUACGAGGGCAGAUCAUGA